UUUUUUAUCUACAGCUGCAAAUAAACCAAUCAAUCAUUUUCUGCAACUCGGUUAAUCGAGUGGAGUAGUUGGCCAAGAAAAUUAUAGAGCUUGGUUAUUCUUGCUUUUAUAUCCAUGCAAAGAUGCUUCAGGACCAUCGUAACAGGGUAUUUCAUGAUUUCGGCAAUGGAGCUUGCAGGAACCUUGUCUGUACUGAUCUUUUCACAAGGGGUAUAGAUAUUCAAGCGGUGAAUGUUGUUAUUAACUUCGACUUCCCAAAGAACUCAGAAACCUACCUUCACUUAGUUGGUCGAUCAGGAAAGUUUGGGCAUCUCGGACUAGCAGUAAAUUUGAUCACUUACGAGGACCGCUUUAAAUUGUAUAGGAUUGAGCAAGAACUUGGGACUGAAAUUAAGCAAAUUCCUCCACAUAUCGAUCAGGCUAUCUACUGCCGGUGAUUUAUUUGGGAUGUUUCCUAGGGUUAAUGAAGCUGGUCUUUCAAGGUCUCGGUCCUUACGCAUGGUG